GGUUGAAAUAAAUAAAUGAAUAAAAUGAUAAGGGGCCAGGGAUAGAGAGGAAAGAAUCUAGAGGGUGCCGGUCUCAUUUUGCAACCCCCCCACGAGCUAUCGCCAGUGCACGCUCCUCCCAGUGCAGUGACAUUGCCAGCCGGCUCCCAGAGGAGUUCCCUUUCUUGGCUGACUGUUCUUAGCAUGGCUGCGGGGGUGAGUUGGCUGCUCAGUGUGUGUGAGGCGUAAGAGUGAGUGCACACAGACAGCCACACGCUCUUUUCACCGCUACCACCACCACCACCACCACCACCACGACUCGGGCGAUUCUCUUGUUCGGAUAUUAAUCUGCCUCCUGUUGCUGCUGCUGCUCGGAUGUCUGCCUAGUGCCUCUCAGGAAAGCGGCCACUGGGAUUCUACCAAUUCCCCCUUUUGGUUUCACCGGGGCUCCCCCUCCUCUUCAUCGCCUUGAUCACCACUCCCCUGUCCCCUCCCUUCACUCCUCUGCGCCCCCUCCCGUCGCUCGGGCUUCACUCGCAGCUCCCGGCCACUGCCACCAACCACCGCCUGCAUGUGAAGCACCCAGGGGCCGGGGAGGGGAAGACCAUGCUGUGAGGGGAGCCGGUCCUGCUUCUCCGUCUGCAGCGCCCAGGUCAGUGUACAAAGUCCAUGAAAUGACGCAGGGAAGAGAAAUAUGGAGCUGAAUUCAAGACAUAUCUAUGGAAAUCCACUUUGAGCUUAUUUUUAAUUCCUUAACAUGAACUCUUCAUAGAAUUUGAUUUUUGUUUUUUCAUUAUUUGAAGAGAUAACAAGCCUCCACUGGAAUUCUUAACAGUUGCAUUUACUUGCCUUUACGAAAGGAUUUACUGCAAUCAAUAUGGCUAAUAAUUCAGUUGCAUAUAGUGGUGUUAAAAACUCUCUAAAUGAAGCAAACCAUGGGGGAGAAUUUGGCAUCACACUUGAAGACCUUCGUACGCUUAUGGAAUUGAGAUCGACGGAUGCUUUACAAAAAAUACAGGAGUGCUAUGGUGAUGUGUAUGGAAUUUGUUCUAGGUUGAAAACCUCUCCACAUGAAGGUUUAAGCGGGAAUCCAGCUGACCUUGAAAGGAGGCAAGAAACAUUUGGGAAGAAUCUUAUACCUCCUAAAAAGCCAAAAACAUUUCUUCAGUUAGUAUGGGAAGCACUACAAGAUGUAACAUUAAUUAUUUUAGAAAUAGCAGCCAUAAUCUCUUUAGGCCUUUCUUUUUACCGACCUCCUGGUGGAGAAAAUGAAGCGUGUGGUCAAGCUAGUGGUGCUGUGGAGGAAGAAGAAGGGGAAGCAGGCUGGAUCGAAGGAGCUGCUAUCCUUCUAUCUGUUGUAUGUGUAGUCUUAGUAACAGCUUUCAAUGACUGGAGCAAAGAAAAGCAGUUUAGGGGCUUGCAGAACCGGAUCGAACAAGAGCAGAAAUUUACAGUUGUUCGUGGAGGGCAAGUUAUUCAAAUCCCCGUGGCUGACAUAGUUGUUGGAGAUAUUGCACAAAUUAAAUACGGUGAUCUCCUGCCUGCUGAUGGAGUGCUCAUUCAAGGAAAUGAUCUAAAAAUCGAUGAAAGUUCAUUAACUGGAGAAUCUGAUCACGUAAAGAAAACGCUGGAAAAAGAUCCUUUGCUGCUUUCAGGAACACAUGUUAUGGAGGGGUCUGGAAAAAUGGUGGUCACUGCCAUUGGUGUGAAUUCCCAAACUGGAAUCAUAUUUACUUUACUUGGAGCUGGAGAAAAUGAAGAAGAGAAGGAAAAAGAAAAAAAGGAUAAGAAAAACAAAAAGCAAGAUGGGGCUAUAGAAAAUCGAAACAAAGCUAAAGCUCAAGAUGGAGCUGCCAUGGAAAUGCAGCCACUAAAGAGUGAAGAGGGAGCUGAUGGGGAUGAUAAAAAGAAAGCAAACUUGCCAAAGAAAGAGAAAUCUGUCCUUCAAGGAAAACUUACCAAGAUGGCUGUUCAGAUUGGCAAAGCAGGUCUUGUGAUGUCUGCGAUUACCGUCAUAAUCCUUGUUCUGUACUUUGUAAUUAACACAUUUUGGGUGCAGAAUCGACCAUGGCUGGCUGAAUGUACUCCAAUUUAUGUUCAAUAUUUUGUGAAGUUUUUCAUCAUUGGCGUAACUGUUUUGGUAGUAGCCGUUCCAGAAGGUCUUCCACUUGCAGUGACAAUUUCCCUGGCUUACUCUGUAAAGAAAAUGAUGAAAGAUAACAACUUAGUAAGGCACCUUGAUGCUUGUGAAACAAUGGGAAAUGCCACUGCAAUUUGUUCAGAUAAAACUGGAACACUAACCAUGAACAGGAUGACAGUAGUCCAAUCUUUCAUAAAUGAAAAGCAUUACCGUAAGGUUCCCGAUGCAGAGUCUAUUGCAGGAAAUGUGUUAGAUCUCCUCAUAACAGGAAUUUCUGUGAAUUGUGCUUAUACAUCGAAAAUAUUGCCUCCUGAAAAAGAAGGUGGCUUGCCACGCCAUGUUGGUAACAAAACUGAAUGUGCCUUGCUGGGAUUUGUUUUGGAUCUGAAAAGGGAUUACCAGGAUGUAAGAAAUGAAAUACCUGAGGAAACCUUAUUUAAAGUGUACACUUUUAAUUCUGUAAGAAAAUCCAUGAGCACCGUUUUGAAGAAUGCUGAUGGCAGCUACCGGAUGUACAGCAAGGGUGCUUCUGAGAUUAUCCUUAAAAAGUGCUACAAAUUAAUAGAUUUAAAAGGUGAAGCCAAAAUAUUUAGGCCAAGAGACCGAGAUGAUAUGGUUAAACAGGUUAUUGAACCUAUGGCUUCAGAAGGGCUGCGGACAAUAUGUUUGGCAUAUCGGGAUUUUCCUGUUGGAGAGUACGAGCCUGACUGGGAAAAUGAAAAUGAUAUUCUUACUGGCCUCACCUGUAUUGCCGUUGUAGGAAUAGAAGAUCCAGUCAGACCAGAAGUGCCAGAUGCAAUUAGAAAAUGUCAACGUGCUGGUAUAACUGUACGGAUGGUUACAGGGGAUAACAUAAAUACAGCCCGUGCUAUUGCAACAAAGUGCGGCAUUCUGAAUCCAGGCGAAGAUUUCAUUUGUGUAGAAGGCAAAGAAUUUAACAGGCGAAUACGAAACGAAAAAGGAGAGAUUGAACAAGAACGAAUAGACAAAAUUUGGCCUAAACUUCGAGUUCUUGCUAGAUCUUCUCCUACUGAUAAACAUACACUGGUUAAAGGUAUCAUUGACAGUACAGUUUGUGAGCAAAGGCAAGUAGUAGCUGUGACUGGAGAUGGGACAAAUGAUGGCCCUGCACUGAAGAAAGCAGAUGUUGGCUUUGCUAUGGGUAUUGCUGGAACAGAUGUUGCAAAAGAAGCGUCUGAUAUCAUUCUAACUGACGACAACUUUAGUAGCAUUGUGAAAGCAGUGAUGUGGGGAAGGAACGUCUAUGACAGUAUCUCAAAAUUUCUUCAGUUUCAGCUUACUGUCAAUGUGGUUGCUGUCAUUGUAGCUUUUACAGGAGCCUGCAUUACACAGGACUCUCCCCUUAAAGCUGUUCAGAUGCUUUGGGUAAAUCUGAUUAUGGAUACAUUUGCAUCUCUUGCUCUGGCGACAGAGCCGCCAACUGAGUCUCUCUUAUUAAGGAAACCUUAUGGUAGAAAUAAACCUCUUAUUUCUCGAACAAUGAUGAAAAAUAUAUUGGGCCACGCAGUUUACCAGCUAGUUGUAGUUUUUACCCUUUUGUUUGCUGGCGAAAAACUUUUUGACAUUGACAGUGGAAGAAAUGCUCCUCUUCAUGCUCCUCCUUCACAGCAUUAUACCAUCGUUUUUAAUACAUUUGUUCUGAUGCAGCUGUUUAAUGAAAUAAAUGCCAGAAAGAUCCAUGGGGAAAGGAAUGUUUUUGAAGGCAUAUUUAACAAUAUCAUCUUCUGCAGCAUUGUGUUAGGUACUUUCAUUAUACAGAUUGUAAUUGUUCAGUUUGGUGGAAAGCCUUUUAGUUGUACUGAAUUGACAGUAGAUCAAUGGUUAUGGUCCGUUUUCCUGGGAAUGGGAACAUUACUUUGGGGACAGCUGGUAACGACAAUUCCAACUAGUCGGUUAAAGUUCCUUAAAGAAGCAGGACACGGAACACAAAAGGAUGAUAUUCCUGAAGAGGAACUUGCUGAAGAUGCAGAGGAGAUUGAUCAUGCAGAGAGAGAGUUACGUCGUGGUCAGAUCUUGUGGUUUAGGGGCCUAAACAGAAUUCAAACUCAGAUGGAUGUAGUGAAUGCUUUCCAGAGUGGAAGUUCCAUUCAGGGGGCUUUAAGGCGGCAACCCUCCAUCGCCAGCCAGCAUCAUGAUGUAACAAAUAUUUCUACCCCUACACAUGUAGUGUUUUCCUCCUCUACUGCUUCUACUACUGUGGGGUAUUCGAGUGGUGAAUGCAUUUCGUAGUUCAUUGUACGAAGGUUUGGAAAAGCCGGAGUCGAGAAGCUCAAUCCACAAUUUCAUGACUCACCCAGAGUUUAGAAUAGAAGAUUCCGAGCCUCAUAUUCCACUCAUCGACGAUACAGAUGCUGAAGAUGACGCUCCAACAAAACGACACUCAACUCCUCCACCCUCUCCCAAUAAAAAUAACAAUGCUCUUGACAGUGGAAUACACCUUAUUAUAGAACCGAACAAAUCAGCUACCUCUUCAGCCCCAGGCAGUCCACUACAUAGUCUGGAGACAUCACUCUGAUUGUAAGAUGAAUGUUGAUAUACUAGCUGAUUUGCAAAGAAACAAAAUGAAACUGGGUCCUUUCACACAUUGUGGGGUGCAGGAGAGAACUCCUGCUUUGGACUUCAAAUGAAGACACACUUGUAUGAAUGUAGAUUUAUUUUUUUAAAAAAUGCAUUCUGCCAGACUGAGGGUGCUUUUCUCGGGAGGGAAAAGGGAUAUGGGGUGGACACUGAUAAAACUUAACUCAAAAAAAGUGACCUGCAGAACAUCAUGUACAUGUACCGAUGAUUCCCCUGGACAGUGUGUUAGCAACAUUCUAGAUUACAUUGGUCCUCGUCCCCUCCCCCCCCCUUUUUUUUCUUUUCUUUUUGGGCCCCGGGUCGUUGAUUUGAUUAUUUAUGUUAUAAAUGAUACAGAUCUGUUUACAAGGUUUAUAGAUAUUUUUGUUCCUGUUUAUUGAAGGGAAGCUUCUUUAUGUAUGAAGAAAGACAGAAAAUAAACACCCCCAUCAACACUGCUGUAUUUUCACAAAAAAAGGGGUGUUUCUGUUGAAAAUGUUCAACAUUUUUUUUGCCUGCGAUUUCCUUGUUAAAUAUUGUAGAUAACAUUGCUAAGACUGAUAGCCAAAUAGAGAACACUAAUGCUUUGCACAAGUUAAGCUGCGGUGUUCUGAUGAAAAUCACGGCCUCUCUCCCUUAGUUUCUUUAAAACAAAAUUUACUACUUAAUGGUUUUCAAAUUACAGGUUUUUUUUUUUUUUUAAUGUUAAGGAAAUGAUAACUGUUUCAAAGCUCGAAAGAAUAUUGUGUUAUGCAGGACAUUAAUGUGUGACGGAUCUUGCUUGAAAUCCUUUUGCUAUCUCCGUCAAAAUAUAUAAAAUCGAAAUUCAUCAAAAAAUGUAGUCCUUUUUUUCUGUUUGUCUAAACAUGUUAGUUUUAGAUUUGUCUUGGUGAACUGUGAGUGGAACCGUGUUGAUUUUCUAUUAAAUCUUUAGGUGACCUUCAUACAGCAUGAGGGCUGUUGGCAUUUUGAAACAAAAGUUACUACUAGAAAGUAGUACAGUUCUACAUGGUUUUCUUUUUUUUUGUUUUUGAAACUUGUUUGUAAACACAAUAAACAUGCCCUUUUAUUAAAUAUAAA